CAAUGCGAUGCCGACGCGCGUAGACGCGACGGAGCGCGCGCGCGCUCCUCGCGCCCUUAACUUAUCACUCCUUAUCUACACACGUUAUCAUUUACUCAUCGCGGACGAUCGAUUCACUCGCGAAUAUCCCGCCUAACAUGUGAGAUUUAAUUAUGAUCAUGAUCAGGAAUAUUGUGUUUAAUUUGUGUGUUUAUGUGCUAUUGGAAUACGCGAGUGGACAAGUGCCUCAACAAAUACAGAACAAACUAGUCUGCAUCGAGCAUGACUCUUGCGGGGCUUGUCUGUCCGCCGCCUCGCACUGCCGUUGGUGUGCGGACCCGUCCUACAGCGCUCCUGCCAGGUGCAACGAUGAUGAGAGUCUAGUGGCCAGCGGCUGCAAAGAAGACAUGAUCCAGAAGCCAGCGAAGCCAGUAUGGCAGGUGGCCGAGAAUCGAUCCCUGCAGGAUGUGGACUCUGAUGACGUGGCAGCUGUGGUGCAGAUACAACCGCAGAGGGUACGGCUGUCGCUCAAACCUCGAGAGACAGUGAAGGUGAAAUUUUCAUACAGACCAGCGAAGAACUACCCGCUGGACCUGUACUACCUGAUGGACCUGACGUGGUCCAUGAAGGACGACAAGGAGACGCUGGUGUCGCUCAGGGACGACCUGCCGAGCAUGCUGAAAAAUUUGACUGAUAAUUUUAGAUUAGGUUUCGGCAGUUUUGCAGACAAACCAGUGCUGCCUUAUAUCAAUAUCGAUGAGAAACGUCGAGAAAACCCUUGCAACGUGGAGGAGGAGAAGUGCGAACCUACGUACAGUUACCGGCACCAUCUUUCUCUUACUAACCAGGUGACUGACUUCAUCAAGAACGUAAAUGACAGUAAAGUGACAGCCAACCUGGAUGACGCGGAAGCACAACUAGACGCCCUAGUCCAGGCUGUAACCUGCGGAGAAAAAGUCGGCUGGUCACUACACAGCAGGAAAAUAGUCAUCCUGUUGUCUGAUGGGCUGCUACAUACGGCGGGAGAUGGGAAGCUUGGUGGAGCUAUCAGGAAAAACGACGAACAGUGCCAUUUGGACGAUAAUGGAUAUUACACCGAGUACUCCAUUUAUGAUUAUCCGUCGCUCGCCCAAGUCUAUAGACUCUUAGAUAAGUACAAGGUGAACGUAAUAUUCGCCGUGACGGAGAGAGUGAAGGAUCAUUACGACAGCAUUCACCAGCUGAUGGCCGAUUUCACGUACGUCGCUAAGCUCGAGAGCGACAGUUCGAACAUAUUGAAGCUAGUCAAAACGGGUUACGAAGACAUCGUGAGCGUCGUUGACUUUGAGGACGACGCCAGUGCAGGGCCCGUGAAGGUCAAGUACUUCACGGACUGCGGAGUGAAAGGGGGCUCGCUUAUAGAGUCCACGCGGUGCGCCGGCGUCGAGUACGGCAUGACGCUCAACUACGAGGUCCAUGUCACAUUGGAGUCAUGCCCCGAAUACAAGAAGUCAAACCAAAUGAUACGCAUAUCGGAGAGUCAGCUAGGGCAAGACUCACUGACGCUGGAUGUGGAGAUCCAGUGCGGAUGCGAAUGCGAGACCAACACGGAUCCGGAUUCGCGGACUUGUCCGGCCAACUCGCACCUCGUGUGUGGCGUGUGCCAAUGCAAUAAGGGAUGGUCUGGUCCCUCAUGCGAUUGCUCAAUAGAAGAUGAGGAGAAGUCCAUGGCUCUGAUCGCGCAGUGCCGCGCUCCGAACGCGACCAACUACAUCCCGUGUUCAGGAGCUGGCGACUGCAUCUGCGGCAUCUGCAACUGCGACCGCGGCUUCCACGGGAAAUACUGCGAUUGCAAGUCUUGUGAGAUUAGCAGAGAGAACGACAUGCCAUGUGGCGGCGUCGGUCGCGGCGCCUGCGCCUGCGGCCACUGCGUCUGCGCAGAAGGCUGGACGGGCAGCGCGUGCGACUGUAUCGAUAGGAACGACACCUGUAUAGCGCCGGGGGGAGGGGAGGUGUGCUCGGGGCGAGGGGAGUGUGUUUGUGGACAAUGCGAGUGUCAACCGUCGGAAUCAGGCAGCAAGUACACUGGCGCGUUCUGCGAAACAUGCGCCACGUGUGAGAACCCGCUUUGCGCAAACGCAGAACCCUGCGUCACCUGUUACCUGUCCAAGAAUUGCACUGAAGUGUGCAACAUUAGAGGCAGCAACUAUACUGUGGCUGACAAAAUCUCAGAGACAGUCACAGAAAGCAGCGACCAAGUCUCCUGCAUUCUCCGAAUAGAAGAGGGCAGUCAAGAAUGCGAAUACAGGUACACCUACACUGCCAGCACCAAAGACAUGGUUGCCAUGGAAAUAGUUAUCCGUUCCAAGCAAUGCGGGCAGCUCACCAGCGCCAAGCUUAUGACCAGUGCUCUGAUCAUCAUGGCCUGCGUUAUAGCGGGCGGUAUAGUCAUCAUCAUGGGUAUAAAGAGUGCACAAAUAGUUUCAGAUAGACGGGCGUAUGCCAAGUUUGUGCAAGAAGCGGAGAUGAGCAGGUUGCAUGCUCAGGAGUUGAACCCCUUGUAUAUAUCGCCGAUCACUGAGUUUAGGUUACCGGACAGUUUUCCUAGGGAUAAGAAUGAUUAGUUUUAGAAUUUUGAAGUAUGUGAUGGAUAUGGUUUGAGUAUUAUUUUAUGUAAGUAUUCUGUUUUAAAGUUACAGAUACAGGAGAAGGAUGUAUAAAUUGCGCGUUUCAGUUAGAAUUUAAGUACAGAACAAUAAUCAUUAAUUUCUACAAAAAACAUCAAUUAUGUAUGUACCUAGUAUUAACGACGUACAAUUAUUUAUCAAAGUGACUAUAUUCUUAAGGGUUUCGAGAUUGCCUUUCUGUGUACUUACAUAAUAUAUUUAGAUUAUAAACAUAUUAAGUUGGUCAAAGACCAGCUCAAGAGUACUUAUGGAACCAAAAAUAUGUACCUAUUCAAGUUUCAAGUAAGAUAUUUUAGAAAUAAUUUUAAUGUUGAGAGUUAAAUCCUUUAGGUGCUUACAAUUAAUAGGUUAUAGUUACGUGUUACAUUUGAGUCAAUAUUAAAAUAAUAUAGGGUAAACCGAGGUGAAGAAUACGUUAGCUACGGAACAAUUUGGCCAGAAAACAUGAAGUAAAGAUUCUUUGCUUUCUUGAUAAACACUAUGUACCUAUACGAAGUAAGUCGUCGAUCAACUGACGGAAACACUAAUUUUCCCCCCGAUCCCUCGGUGAUCCAGAUUGCCCCGGUCUACCCUAUGUGUUCAACGUAUUUUGCUAGUCUUUCGCAUUAUGUACAUAAGAUGAUUUAUUGAAGUAUUUCCUAGUUAUGCCAUAUUGUUGAUUAGCUUUAAGACUAUCCAUUUCAUUUCGAGUUUGUUUCAUUCAUUUUGAAUGGAAAAGUAUAUUUAACGGAACGAACCACAAUACUAUAGAACAGAUACAUUUGUAUUUAUUGAAGUAUUACUGCUUGUUACAAUAUAUUUUUCCCCUCACUAGCUCGGAAACACGU